AUGACGGACGAUCUCGAAAAAGAUAUUGAACGUGUUCAUGAAAAGCUGCGAGCAAUUGAUGGGGAGCUUGGACACUUCGGCAGGGGUGGAGAAAGAGGCAAUCGACGAUUAUCUAAUGAAGCUCCAGUUGCAACAGACCGUCGUAACGGAUCUGCUAAUAUAAGAAGACGUAUCGAGUAUAAUUCAUCAUCAUCAUCAACAACAACCUAUGGUUCUCGGCCUGGCAAGAGAACUAGAGAUGACUAUGACGACGAAGAGGAUGAUGAAGCUGAUUUGAGGCCCAAGAGAAGCCUACAGUCUACCGUAGUCAUGCCGUCAAUCGAAACUAAAAGUAGAGAAGAAAAAAUUGAAGAACUAGCCAAGACUGAAAAGAAAGAAGUCCAAUCUAGAAAUAGACGUAUGUUCUCUUCACUCCUAAUAGGAACUCUCCAACGAUUCCAGAAAGACGAGAGAAAAAUCGAGUCUGCUGAGAAGAAGCAGGCUGAUAAAUUGGGUGAAAUAGAGAAGAGAUUAGAUGAGAAAAAGAAACAAGAAAAGGAGCAGGCAAUGGAAGAACGCAGAGCUUUACACGACAAACGAAGAGAGCACGAAGCCGAGCUCCGUGCUCUUACUCGUAAAAAAGCUCUUAUUCAAUAUGCUGAAGCUAAGAAGAAGCAUUAUACGUUGAUUCGGAAUCAUAUUCAAACUCAGGCAAAACCUGUUAUUUUCUUUAGUCCAGCAAAACAUACUCUUAGAUCUCUUGAGUUGCUCAAGAGUAGUGAGAAACUUAUUCAGGGAUUGAUGGAAUUGCGUGAAAAGCAGUUGGAGCGUGAGCUUGCAGGAAACGAUGAGAACGCGGAGCAUAGUGAAGAAGAAGGUGAAACUCUUAAGAGUUUCGUAGGAGGCAAGUCGAAGGAAGACGAAGAAGAGAAUGAUCGUGAGGGUGGAAAUGAUGAGAACUGUGAGGUAGAUGAGGUUGCUGAGCCUAUUAGAGAUGCUGAGAAGAGAGAGGAGGAUGAUGACGACGAGGACAAUCAUCGCGUGAAAGAGGAAAAUUAG